AUGUCACAAUCUUCUACAUCACUGGUACCAGAAGGCAACCAGGGCUCCCUUCAAGAAGACGUCAAUUUUGAUUUCAAUGGUGUACCUGGCCAGGCUCUAGAUGCCGUGCGUAUGCGUUUGGCUCAAUUAACCCAUUCAUUGAGGAGAAUCAGAGACGAAAUGUCCAAAGCUGAGUUACCACAAUGGUAUACACUCCAAUCACAGCUAAACGUCACAUUAUCGCAGCUCGUUUCUGUAACUUCUACCCUACAACAUUUCCAAGAAACUUUGGAUUCGACAGUGGUUUACCCGUUGCCUAAAUUCCCAACUACUUCUCAUGAAAGUUUAGUCACUACCCUUUUGAGGAAAAAGAAUAUUCCUGAAGUGGACGAAUGGAUGAAAUAUGUUAAAGAAACAUCCGGAAUAACCACAGCUUUGUUAAAAGAUGAAGAAAUAGAAAAGCUAUUGCAACAGGACAAAGAAAUAACAAAUUGGGCACGCAGUACGUUUAGAAACGAAUAUGGAAAACACGAUUUCAAAAAUGAAGAAUCCCUGAGCGAAGAACAUGAUUCACUUCUUGUACGAGAUAGCAAGCCCUCAAAACCUUUCAAUGUGGAUGAUAUCCUAAAGUUCACCUUUACAGGGGAAAAGCCAACUAUUGCGGGGUCUGCUUCAACAUCGCCUACUAGCUGA